CACUUCUUGAAGGAUCUAGCUCGGAGGCGCUAGUGCCAGCAAUGGCACAGAAAUGCUUAUGUUUCUCUUUUGCAAGUCCUCCAAACCUGUUCCUCUCGCUAGCGCUGGGCAUGGGAACGAAGGCAAAUGCUGUACGGAUACUCGUACUGUACUCGUAUUGUGACUGCAGAGCAAGCUCCUCGAGUUCGCUGGAAUGAUGGAGGGCAACCAUCGAUAGGCUUUCAUUCGUCGAAUGAAAUUUUGAUUAUUCAUUCUCCGACAAGUGUGCCGAGCUGUGCUAGAUACCAGUUGGUGCACAACAGUGGCGAGCGCCGCCGCAUGUGCUAUCUGCAAGGAUGGCACAGAUCUAUAUUCUGAAUUCGGACAAUCCUCAGGAAUCGUCAGCGCAAUGGGCGAUGAAGGGCGACAUUAUGAUUCUGUCUGCAUCGUCUGCAGGAAGAAGCCAAGAUAUGCUUCAACUUGAGCGACCCAGCUGGGCUGGUCAGAAAGGAACAGUGGUAUGCCCGAGAGACACGGCUGUGGUUAUCACCCAACGCGAUGCGCUAUUGCUGUUACCAAUCGGUGAGAAAAGUUCUGGCGGUAUGAGUUCCUACCACCGCUGGAAAUUUUUCGAGAAGCCAGGAGCGCUGGAUUAUGCACACAAGUUGAGUGUUGGUGCUGCUGUGACGUUCGAGUACUACAAGGCCUAUUGCAGCAUGGAAGCGGUCAUUGUAUUCACAGGGGAGAUACCAAGUAUGGGCAGAGGCAUACGAUUCGGACUAGAGAUUAUGGGAAACAGUGCAGAUCUGAAGCAGGAAGACAUUUGCGAUGGCACUGUAGAGGGACAGAAAUACUUCACCUGUUUACCAGGACGUGGAGUUAUCACUUCAGUUGAGAAUCUCACUUUGAAUGCGAUGAACCAAGUCAAAGCUGACAGAGUGAUGGCGAGACGCAAGACUAGUAGAGAGGCAAUGUCUGAACCAGCGCCCAGAGUCACGGAUAGAGUGCUUCCAGGAGCUAGCUCGACCGCUGCAGCAAGAAGCCAUAUGCCAACUACCACGCGUGAUCCUGUUGCUGCUGCUGGCGCUGCUGCUGCUGCAACCGUAGUGAGCGGUGCGGGUUGUGUGACGGGCACCGCGGCCACGAAUGCGAUGACUUCUGCGCUGGGUGCACCGGGUACUGGUCACGGUGCUGGAGUGCGGGGGGCAAGUCGUCGCAGCAGCAGCAGCAACAGCAGCCAGUUGUCAGUCGGUAUGCGUGCCAGAGUGUGCGAUCGGCAAAACCCUAAAGUCAAACAGUCUGGCACGAUCACUCGCUUGGAAACUAUCAAGUCGGGAGAUGGACUUGACCGGGUAUCUGCCACACUUGAAAUGGAUCCUCCAUCAUUCCAGGGUGAUGGUGAUGUUCAGGAAUAUCUGAGAACACGAACUGUACCAGCUGAGCUAUUGGAAUAUGAUCUAAACGUCCUGCCAACUUCCACCCCAGUCAUUCACGCAGAUAUCCGGCCAAAUGGUCGCACUCGACUUGACAACGACAUUCGGACUGACCAUUUUGGCACGGCUGCCGCUGCCGGUAUGUCUCCUACGAGCCGCCGCAGCAGCAGGGAUCAGGGCAAUCCUGUGCGGUCUACCACAGACCCCGGUUCGGCGUCCACUGUGCGGCACCAUCAGCAGCUGCAGUCAGCCGGCACGAAUCACACAGUAUCAGCAGCAGCAUCAGCGGCGGCAGUGGAUGGAAGUGUUGCUAGCAGACCAGGCCAGGCCAGUGACCGCCACCAGUACAGUGGUGCUAGUGAUGGUAUACCUGGCAGUCAGUACAGCAGUGCUGCUAGUGCUGCUAGUGCUGCUAGCGCUAAUAAUGGUACACCUGGUGUGAGUGGCACCAGAACCUACGCAUCUGCAGCAAACAGUAGCAACGAUGGUGCUGCAGUGACCGCUAACCACAGGCCGAGAAGUGGACAGCGCGAUGAGGAGCAUUUCGUGGCUGAGCAGCAGCGGCGUUUUGAUAACCUUCCGCAGAACUCCGAUCCCGGCUUAGUUCGUGAGCAGGAGCGACGGCUGGCUCAGUUCAAUAAGACGGGCAGCAAGGACAUAUCCUCUUCCCAGGACCUCAAUGCUGCCACUGCAGUUGUCAAAGCACCGGGGCCGGGGCCUUUAUCCAACGUACCGUCCACUGCACCGACCAGUGACCUUGAUACAGGCUCUGCAGCACGGGCUGACGACGACUUACCCCGGGACGUGCUGGUACUGGUCUCUGGUCGAUAUAUUCCCGGUGUAAUCAAAUGGAUCGGGACGUCGGCUGGUAGCACUGAGCGAUUGGCUGGCGUUGAGCUGGACGAGAAGAUAACUAAUUCUCAGGAUGGUUACCUUGACGGGAAGAAGCGCUUUGAUUGCGCCAAGAAUCGUGGCAAAUUCGUGCCCUUGGAUGAGUGCGAAGAUCGCCCCCGUGAUCCCCCAGUGUCAAGCUCACACACGUCUCCUUCUGACAGCCCACCGCGGACACGAACAACAACUUCCGCUCCUCCUCCUGCUGCUGCUGCUGCAACUACCACUGGUGGUACUUCAUCUAGCUUGUCUGCAUCAGCUACCUCGUCUACUUCUAGCUCUGGCGCUGCUCUGGCAGGACGUACAUCUGCUGCUGCUACUGCUGCCACUGCAGGAGCCAGCGCUGACUCAGAAAUGGAGCGCUCUCUGCGCAAACUCAGAACAUCCAUGGUGCCUCUUAAAGGCGACACUAUAGUUCACUUGCCGCAGAAAAUGGUAGAGCUUGGACAGUCCAGUCGUUGGCGUGCACUGGUCAGCUACCUGGGCUUCACCUCGACGGAUCUCUCAGCACUGAUCACUGGAGGGGAGAGUGAUGAACAGUGCCUGCUGACUGUACUCUGGAACUGGGCGGAGAAUACGCCUGCUACGUUCGGUCAACUGGCGCGGGCACUGUCCAACGUGCACUGCGAUGGCAUUGCCUACGACUUGCUUGUGCCAGCACUGCGCAAAGCUGAAGCAGAGAGCGUGUCUUCUGGUGCAGCAUCAUCGAGCCGCAUACAUGGCACUAAUCACCAGUCUCUGCCGGCCAUGCAGGAGUCUGAGCCAGUGCGCGACACCUGUCCACCAGCGAAUGCCAUAAUGGCUGGUCGAAAGAAGGGUAUUCAGGGUCAUCACAACUCCUGCUACAUGGACUCAACUCUGUUCGCAAUGUUCGCUCAUAGUCUAGCGUUCGAUGGUACACUGCACAAGGCGGCAGCAAGAAGUGAAGGUGCCGAGGGUGUCCGUAGGCACCUGUUGGAGAACAUUGUCAAUCCAUUGCGAAAGAAUGGCUUUGUGUCGUGGGGUCACAUCAUGUCGCUUCGAAGGCAAUUCAACAACCUCGGCAACGUCACCGAUUUGACAGAUGCUGAGAAAGAUCCCGAGGAGUUCCUGAUCUUGAUGUGGGAGAAAAUCCUGGGUGCUGAUCCAUUCCUCAAGCUCAAGACACCACAGCAAGACGGCAACUCAACGUUUAUGCACCAGCUCUUUGUUCCGUCAGAAGGUAACAAGAAGAUUGCUACAGUGCAGGAGCUCCUUGAGCAAUCAUUCUCGGAGUCACAGCUGAUGCUACGUGAGGCACCCUCCGUUCUCAUUCUGCAAAUGCCACGGUUCGGCCGAACGUACAAGCAGUUCGACAAGAUCAUUCCCAGCCUACGCCUGAACAUUACCAAUCUGCUGACUGAGGGAAGUCGAGUGUGCGGCAUAUGCGAACAGGCAGCCACGGUGACCUGCUACGACUGCCACAGGGACUUCAAGGCGGCUACGGCAAACGCUGACGCCACCAGCGUGUCCGGCGUAGUAGCCGUGCCACCGGCAGAGCAGCAGCAGCAGCAGCAGCGCCGCAGCGCCGGCCGCAGCGCCGGCCUGCUUCACAGCAAUGACCAGGUGCACAUCAACUACUGUCAAGUCUGCUCGGCGCAGGUGCACCUGAACCGGCGGCGGCGCCAGCACAAGCCGCAGCCCCUGGAGCGCUGCGAUCGGAAUAUGCGACGCGACCUGGUCGCCGACAAGCUGGAGACCAUGGAGCUGUUUGCUGUCAUCUGCAUCGAAACCAGUCACUAUGUGUCGUUUGUCAAGUGCAAUGCCAUGGCGGACAGCGACUGUGAGGGCCAUGAUGGUGAACCGGGAAAGCAGAGUGAAGGGAAAUGGUGUUUCUUUGACAGCAUGGCGGAUCGUGUCGGCGAACAGGAUGGCUACAACAUACCGGAGGUGAAGGCCAUGCCGGACCUGGUCGACUGGGUGAGCGACUUGCGGCGCGUUGAGCGUGCCACGUCCAGGGACAUGCCACCGGAGAUCCGGCGUCUGCUCAGUGACCCGUACAUGUGCCUGUACCAGAACACAGGCAUGCUCAUGCAUAGCUGAACACAGGCAUGCUCAUGCAUAGCUGAACACAGGCAUGCUCAUGCAUAGCUGAACACAGGCAUGCUCAUGCAUAGCUGAACACAGGCAUGCUCAUGCAUAGCUGAGCCCCAGCGGUUGUUGGCAUACUGGAAAAACCACACACAGCUAUGCAAUUGCAUGGCUGAGCUCCAGUGGUUGUCACACACUGACGAAACUACACACGGGGAUGCUGAUGCAUGGCUAAGCUCAAGUGGUCGUCGGCGCACUGACAAAACUCACAAACGCACGAGUAUCAAAGAAAGAAUCUACGGUGGUGGUGUUGAGCCAAAGUAUCACGUGGGUGGUGCCAACAUCGGCAGGUACCAGCAGUGGCAAUGCACACACAUGUGUAGUUAGGGUACAUCUAGUGCUAUACAAGUAUUAGGACUUUUAAUAUAUAACCUAUGUGUCUCGGAAUGCUCCUGGCACAACUGUGUUACACUCCCUUUUUCCUUUUCUUAUUCUGUUUUCCCUUUUACCCCACAAUAUUUAUAUGCUUUUUCGACAGCUCUGUUUCAGAUUAAAGUUUUAAUAGCCUUGAAAGUCUUUAAAAAAAAGUUUACCAAGGUGCCAUCUCUCUCUCCACGGCAGUGGUAACACUUGAUUUUAGGAAUAUUCUAAGCAAUGUAUCAUCCGGCGUUGUGUGUGUUUUCAUCCCGGCCGUGGAGCCAAAUGCAGACAUCAUUUUAGUUUUCAACUACGUUUGCCCACUCGUUUUCCUCCUCCAUUCAUAUGGUUUAACACACUACCAUGCAUUGCAUUCUUACGUUUGUUUUCAGUUAGCAAUAUUGCACCACAAUGCCAGGUUGUCCUAUUCAAAAUGGCAACAUGCUUA